CUGUCACGAGGGGCGUGGCGGAAAGCGUGCAUGCUAGCGCCCGCUAAUGUUCUUCAAAUUUGUGCGAAGAAGAGAUGACUGUGGCUGAACCCAGCAGCAGCAGCACUGUCUGACUGACCGAGCCCCGCAGGUGGAAUAUAUAUUGUAAAAACACCGUGGUAGUAUUUCCGGAGAUACAACAAUUGUCUAUCAUCUGUUCUGAACCGGUGCAAACCGGGGCUGUCAUGCAAACAUAGCCGUUAGCGAGCGAGCCAGGCCGAGGAGAGCUGGCUAGUUGUAUCCUUUAUCCAGACAUGAGCAUAAAUGUGUCAGACAAGCAAGUUUACAGAGUUUUUCUACGCUGAAGAAGAUGCGCAAGGACGUGAGGAUAUUAUUAGUGGGGGAGCCCAAAGUGGGGAAGACAUCUCUCAUCAUGUCCCUGGUCAGUGAGGAGUUCCCAAGUGUGGUUCCCUACCGAGCGGAGGAAAUCACCAUACCUGCAGAUGUCACGCCAGAGAGAGUUCCCACACACAUUGUGGACUAUUCAGAGGCGGAGCAGACAGAUGAGCAGUUGUUUCAGGAGAUCUCCAAGGCCAAUGUGAUUUGCAUUGUCUACUCUGUCAACAACAAGAAGUCGAUAGAAAAGGUGACGAGCCACUGGAUCCCCCUCAUUACUGAGAACACAGACAAGGACAGCAGGGUUCCUCUGAUUCUGGUGGGAAACAAGUCGGACCUGGUGGAACACAGCAGCAUGGAGACCAUACUGCCCAUUAUGAACCGGCACAGUGAGAUAGAGACUUGUGUUGAGUGUUCAGCAAAGAACCUGAAGAACAUCUCAGAGCUUUUCUACUACGCCCAAAAGGCAGUUCUGCACCCCACAGGUCCUCUUUACUGUCCAGAUAAAAAAGAUAUGAAGCCACUGUGUGUCAAAGCCCUGACUCGAAUCUUCAAAGUGUCUGACCUGGACAAUGAUGGGAUUCUCAAUGAUAACGAGCUCAACUUCUUCCAGCGGACUUGCUUCAACACCCCACUAGAAUCUCAGGCGUUGGAGGAUGUAAAAAAUGUGGUGAGGAAGAAUUUGAGUGACGGAGUGUCUGACAACGGGCUCACUCUGCAAGGCUUCCUCUUCCUCCACACCCUGUUUAUCCAGCGAGGGCGCCAUGAAACAACGUGGACAGUGUUGAGGAGGUUUGGGUACGAUGAUGACCUGGAGUUAAAUCAGGACUACCUUUUUCCUCCGUUGAAACUUCCUCCAGACUGCACCACAGAGCUCAACCAUAAUGCCUACCUCUUCCUCCAGAGUGUCUUUGACAAACAUGACAAGGACCGUGACUGUGCCUUGUCACCAGAUGAGAUGAGGGACCUGUUUGAUGUUUUUCCCUACAUGCCCUGGGGUCCAGAUGUCAAUAACACAGUUUGCACUAAUGACCAGGGCUGGAUCACCUACCAGGGAUAUCUCUCCCAGUGGACGUUAACAACAUAUUUGGAUGUCCAACGAUGCCUGGAAUAUUUGGGUUACCUUGGCUACUCAAUAAUUGCUGAGCAGGAGUCCCAAGCAGCAGGAAUUACAGUGACCAGAGAUAAGAAGAUUGACCUGCAAAAGAAGCAGACUCAGCGCAGCGUCUUCCGCUGUAAUGUCUUUGGAGACAUUGGCAGCGGCAAGAGUGGCUUCCUUCAAGCCUUCCUGGGUAGAAACCUCAUGUGUCAAAAAUCAAUUCGAGAUGAACACAGAUCCUACUAUGCCAUCAGCACAACCUAUGUUUAUGGCCAGGAGAAAUACCUUCUUCUUCAUGAAGUGUUCCCUGACUUUGACUAUCUGUCCGAUGCUGAUCUCGUCUGUGACAUCGUCUGCCUGGUCUAUGAUGUCAGCAACCCUUACUCCUUUGAAUACUGCACCAAAGUCUUUAAGCAAUACUUCAUGGACAGCAAGAUUCCAUGUAUGAUGAUAGCAGCGAAGUCAGACCUGCCAGAGAUCAAACAGAUUUGUGGCUGCAGUCCUUUGGAGUUCUGUAGGCGGCACAAGAUGCCGCCUCCCCAGUCCUUCACAUGUAACACUGCAGCAGCACCCAGCAGAGACAUCUACACCAAACUUACCACUAUGGCCAUGCACCCCCAUGCCCGGCUGCGCUGCAUGUGCACUUGUAACCGGUGCACCUUCUGCUUGUGUCAAAACUUCCUCAACUCUGAGCUGCUGCAGACGGUCAGGGCCAAACUCUACGCUGUUGUACUCAUAAGACAUGUAAGCCAAGCAGACCUGAAGAGCUCGACCUUCUGGCUGAAAGCGAGUGUCGGGGCCACGGUGUUUGCCGUGCUGGGCUUUGCCAUGUACAGAGUGCUGCUGAAACAACGGUGAUCCUCGGACACCUGGGUCCAACCCUCUUCACCCCAUGGUACAUAAAGAGAUAUAUAGAGUCACACUGUUAGGCUCUCCCACUUGCAUUUAGGGAAUUGUCUAUUUCAAAUCUGUCCUGUUUUGUUUUGGCAGG